AUGAGAAAGAGCAACGCAGCAUACGUUAUCCGAUCGCUGGUGAUCAUCAACACCUUUUGGUUGCUCUUUUUUUCCAACUCGUGCUCUCCAAAUUUCUUCCUUGUGCUUCUCAGUAACCGACGAUCUCUGGAUACUCUCAGUACCUCCAUUUCCAACACGCUUGGCAAUGUCAUUGGGGACGAUCUCCUCCAGGACAACGCCCCUCCACAAAACCUGACAUUUUUCAAAAAGUUCGAGGGCCUUCCAGUUUGCCAAGAUUUAUCCGAGGACGACACCGUCCACAUUGAUGUUUCCUUGGUCACUCAAACCUCCUUCGAACGUCUUGGCGUCAUGAAGGAUAUUUGUCAACGAUGGACGGGCCCCAUCUCCCUGGUGGUGGCAGAAGGUGCCCAGAAUAUGACACGACCGGAGCUCUACGACACACUGUCCGAGUACGGGUGCCAGGAGGACUUGGUGACGGCAUCUCUGUACACGGAGCCAUUCCUGCGCAAGAAGUACCCCGUCAACAUCUUGCGCAACAUGGCAUUGCGACAAGCCCGAACCUCACAUGCCCUGUACAUCGAUAUUGACCUGAUUCCCUCAAAGGAUCUCUACGAGAAUAUUUUGUACCACAAGGAGCAGUUGCGAAUGAACCCCAAAGAUGCCAUUGUCGUUCCUGCCUUUCAGUUGAACGAAACGCCCGAGUGUGAAGAGGAAGAAGCUCUUGUGGGAGAGGAAUGCUCGGAAAUUCUGCAUGAACUCCUUCCCGAAACCAAAGAGGAACUGCUGAAACAGUAUGGUCACCCGUUUGAAGAGCCCGAAUCCGAAUCGUUUCUGGGCUAUGGUAAAAACAAGAUUUCUUGGAUGUGGCAAUUUCAGCGCAGUGGAUAUCGGCUCUUUCGGUUGGGCAGUGGCUUUACCAUUCAUUAUCCGCACCCCGAAUCCAAAUCGAAAUAUUCCUGGGCCUACACCAAGAAGAAAGUGGGACGCAACAACUUGGAUGUGGAGCAAAUUGCAGCGGCUUUUCGUUCCUUUCUUCAGGCGGAAGUUCCAGAUCAGGGGACACUUCCUUACUGCGAGAAAUACGAGAGUUCCUACUUCCACGAGGUCGAAUCAUGA